UUGUUGCUGCUCACAAAUUAUUUGCCCCAAGAAACUCUCGGUUUCUAAUUGUCAAAAUCAAUAAGAAUAUUGAACUGCUACAAUCAUCAUUUUCUUUAUUAUUGUUGCCUUUUUCUUCAAGCCUAUUUGGAACUUGUUAUUUUAAUUGGUUGCAAAUGCAAUCUGGGGAAUGCUGUGUUGUGGCUCCUCACUUUUCCCCCACGAAGCUCUCCACAUUUGAGGAUGACGAUAUGUACGAGACAAAUGUACUUACUCAUAAAGAAACACAAAAAACACCUUCCAUUAUAGUAUCGAAAAGUUUGAGCGCAACCAAAGGCUCUAGAGUUCACAAUUCAUGUGGGGUUGCAGACAACUUCAUAAUAAUGACAGCCCUCAGGAGCAAGAUCCUCACCUUGAGAGACUUGCUUGAUCUAUCACCUUGUUUGGGUUCUGCAUCUGUAAAUGAGCUGCUGAUAUUGACCCUGAAGGAUCUAUAUAAGUUGUAUCCUUCCGUCAACCCAAAUGUUCCAUUAUCAAAUAUUGGAGUGGGAAUGAAUCAGGCGCUGGAAUGCUUUUGUGAUACUCUUAAAUCAAUCGGGGAAAUAUGGAUGGGUGAUGAUAAAUUCAUGGCGGAGUUGGAUGAGGACUCAGAUAGUAAACUACAUGACGAUCUAAAGCGUUAUGGAUUGAUAUUGCUUGAUGAGAUGAUUAAGCUAGCGACUGAAAGGGUGUUCGAUAUGAUGGACGUGGAUGACCAGACAAGAGAUGAAACUCCUUCAUCCGACACCUUUGGGAGGCCUCUGUCAGAGUCUUACUCGAGCAAUGAGUCCUCCCCCUCAAGCCCUCCACCUACGCCAACUUCCGUUCUCUCUGAGAUAGUAAUCAAUGGUUCACAGAAGAGUGAACUAAAGGUUCAAGCAAUUGAGAAGCUGAAUCCUAUAGAUGUAAAACGUCUCUAUUUCCACUUGCUGCCUCAUGCAAUAGAGCAAGAUCAAGAUUGUGUUGUUCAACUAGCAACUAAUUUUAAUGAACAAAAAUCAGAAAUACAAGCAGGGGAUGAUUGUGAAUUUGGCCAAGAUUGUGACAUGACGGACUCUCCAAAUAUUCUACUGACUGAUAUGGACAAUGUAUCAGAAAGUGGAGCAAAAUGUUGCACUGGUGCUUCAAAAAAUCAACCAGUGUCAAGUCCUGUUUCAUUGGACGUGCGUUUACCUCCAUCUACGCUUCCUAAGUUGAGAUCAUAUAUGGCAGAACAGGCAGCAGCUCCACUAUCACCAUUUGCAUUAUCUCCAAAUGUCAUAGAAUCACCACCAAUGACAUCAAGAAACAUAGUAACACCUCCACCUCCAUCUUCGCCUCCACCCCCACCACGUCCCAUGGCGGUGCCUCCACCACCUCCACCGCCACCUAAGACAAUAGGAAACAUAACAAUAGUUCCACCUCCACCACCGCCACCUCCCAUGACAUCCGAAAAUGUAAUAUCACCUCCACCUCCACCACCACCUACCAUCGGAUCAAAGGGUAUCACACCUCCGCUGCCACCCAAGACAACAGUAAACAUAACAACACUUCCACCUUCUCCACCUCCACCGCCACCUAACAUCAGAUCAAAGGGUAUGGCACCUCCACUGCCACCUAAGACAGCAGGAAACAUAAUAACACUUCCACCUCCACCACCGCCACCUCCCAUGACAUCCGGAAAUGUAAUAACACCUCCACCUCCACCGCUACCUCCAAUCGGAUCAAAGGGUAUGACACCUCCACCCCCACCUCCACCAAAGACUUCUAAUGGAGCAGUGCCAGCGCCACCUCCACCCAUGCCGAUGGGAAAGGGACCUGCACCUCCACCACCACUAGGAUUUGUGGGUGUCUUACGAGUUAAGAGAGCAGCCACUAAAUUGAAAAGAUCGUCCCAAAUGGGUAAUCUUUAUCGACUUCUCAAGAGCCAAGUUGAAGGCUCUAGUUUAGAUAGUAAAUCACAGAAGAGAACAGGGAAAGUUAGUGCUUCAGCAGGAGGUAAACAGGGAAUGGCUGAUGCAUUAGCAGAAAUGACAAAGAGGUCAGCAUAUUUCCACCAAAUUGAAGAGGAUGUUAUAAAUCACGCAAAAACAAUCAAGGAGAUAAAAACGGCUAUUGCUUCUUUUCAAACAUCAGACAUGUCCGAGCUCGCCAAGUUCCACAAAUAUGUAGAAUCUCGCCUUGAGAAAUUAACCGAUGAAUCUCAGGUGCUAGCAAGAUUUGAAGAUUUUCCUACUAAAAAGUUGGAAGAACUUAGGAUGGCAGCAGCAUUGCAUUCCAAGUUAGACUCAAUAGCCACUACUCUAAAGAAUUGGCCGAUAGUCUCACCUGUUGGCGAACUCCUUGACAAAGCUGAGAGUUACUUUAACAAGAUCAAAGGAGAAAUUGAAACACUGGAUCGAACAAAAGAUGAAGAGUCCAAGAAAUUUAUUAGCCAUAACAUUCAUUUUGAUUUUGGCAUUAUCGUGCGUAUCAAAGAAUUAAUGGUAGAUGUUUCCUCAAACUGCAUGGAACUUGUCUUGAAGGAGAGGAGAGAAGCAAAGACAAAAAAUGAUGGGCACAAAAAGCUGGGAUCAAGUAAACUACUAUGGAAGGCAUUCCAAUUUGCAUUCAGAGUGUAUACUUUUGCUGGUGGGCAAGAUGACCGCGCUGACAAGUUGACAAGGAAAUUGGCUCAAGAAAUCCAAACAAAUCCUAAUCAAUAGACAUAUAGUUGUACCUAGAAGCAGAGGCGGACCCAUAAUUUUUACGCGACGGGGAGACUUUUAGUGUUCAGGGUCCAACUGCUUUAAAUUAACCAUUUUCAAGGUAUACACGUAGACAUAUACAAGAUUUUGGCCGAAGUUUACAGGGUCCGCUGACCCCUUACCAUUACACAUAUGUACACCUUUGCCCAGAAGUAGAUGGAAAUUUUGGACAAUGAGUUUAACUGAA